GUGCAAGAUCAACUAGUCCACCCUGACUUCAUCUACAACAAGCACAACGAGUCGAUCUUCGACGACGAACGCAUCUUCCCGUGCUUGCACCUGGGCCCAGCCACCGACAACAUCGUCAAGUUCGACGACAACAACCCCGAGUUGAUCAACAGUGCCACCCUCAAGGCGUUGUUGGUUCAGCUCACCUCCCCCGAAGUCAUUGACUACAACUUGAUCUGCGACUUCUUCCUCACAUACAGAGUGUUCGUGGCCAGCGAGGAGGUCAUGAACCUCUUGUUGACCAGGUUGAUCUGGGCCUUGCAGUACAUCAAUUCCAACGUCGAGUCCAACAAGAGAAUAGGUAAGCUUGUAUUGUUGAGAACAUUCGUGGUAUUGAGACACUGGAUCCUCAACUACUUCGUGGACGACUUCGACCCCAACAACGCCUUGUGUGACUUGUUCGUUUCCACCAUCAACAGAAUCACCAUCGAGUCCAAUCUUAUCUGCAACAAGAUCUCCGACGAAGAGGACCAGGCCCAGAAGAUGGUGUUCGAGAAGAAGAUCUUGAGCGACUUGAAAAUACAUUGGUUGAAUCUCGUCAACGAGUUUUGGAAGGUCAAUGUCGAUAUCGACCUGAUCGUCCAGUCGCAUGACAUAUUGACCUAUAGUUUACCCUCGAGCUCCGAGAUCCCAAACACAAAAAGACUAUCAAAAACCAACACGGAAAUGUCUCUUCAUACCAACCCAUCUUACAGAAGAUCAGCCAUGCUCUCAUUGUAUGACAAAAAGGCCUUGCAUAAAUGUAUUAUCUUUGAUGAUGUUAAUAACCAAGACGAAAAUCCUCAGUACUCGAUCAACAAUUUGUUGCUUCAACAUCAAUCCUCAAGACAAUCAUUGAAUAUUAAAUUGAAAGAGUUACAACUGCAACAUGACAAGCAAGGCAAGUCUCCGAUUAUCAACAACUUCCAACAUAAUCACAUGAACUUGAAGGACUCUUCUCUCACAUUGAAGAAGACUAGUUCCAAUAUGAACACUUCAAUUGAUAAGGAAGUAACUGAUGAACCAGCAGAUUCUUCGCCAGAGGACCCUGUAACCACUCCCAAGAAACAAGCUCAAUCUAAGCCUAAGCUGGAACCAAGUGGGUUUUCUACUAAUGGAAAUGUCAGAUUGCCCAACUCUAAAGUAACCCAAAUUUUACCACCCACGCCAGUUAAGAAAAUGGACUAUGUAAUUAAGGGGACAAGUGAAUUCAGAUCUUCGUUAAAUGGGUCACCACGUAAGAAUCUGAUGAGUCAGCCUCCUCAUGUGGAUUAUAGCUCAAAUGCUGUGGACAGAAAGAAAUCAAUCAAGAAGUUCAUGGAUGGAUGGAAAAGAACAAUCAUUAACACUGCUCAUUCUCACAACCGUAGUCAUAACGAUGAGUUGAUUUCACAUAAAACAAUUGACAACGAAGAUAUCGACGCAGUAAUUACUGAUGCUCUCAAUAACAUCGAGGAUGAAAAACAAGAAAUAAUAGGGCAUAGAGUUGAUGUUUUGAGUGCAAGAAUAAUUGAUGAGUUGGAAUAUCUUUUGAGAUAUUACAUACGAAAUGAUGUUUCUCCAGGAAUAAUAAUUGAGGAUGAUAGACAGCAAAGUACAAAGCAGCUGAAUGAUGAUUUACCUAGUGCUAAUAUAGAUGAUAUUGAUUACGAGGAACAUGAGCAGCUAGGUAUUGAUGUGAUGGGAUCUCCCGCCAAAAAACCAAGGAUUUCCAGAAACAUGACUGAACUGUCAAUGAACGCGGAAAUUGAUAAUAUCAUAGAUGAGGAUGAAGUAGUUCCCCAGGAAAAUGAAAAUGAAGAAGACAUGGAUAUCAAUGAUUUAUCUGAUCUAAACAUCAUCAAGAUAGAUAACCUCAUAAAUGUCAAAAGAAGCAACGAGGAGAAGAAUCAAAAUAGAUUACAAUCCAUUAACCCUCAGAUCGGAGGUUCAAGUGAAAACUUCUUGCCUGAAGCAUUGGUUGACAACUCACAGGAAUCUUCAUUCCAAAAAGCUGCAAGUAUCAAUUGGAAUGAUGAAGGAAACUUAGACUUAGAGAAUUCAGAAGUUCAAGUGAAUAAUUCUGCUGAUUCGAACGUAUUCAAUGAUGAUGGAGAAACUUCAAAUAGACCAGAUAUGUCAGAGAGAAUGUUAAAGUCAGCUACCCAAUACUUUGAUGUUAGCACGGAGUUGCCAAAUCCUCCCGAAAUGCACUUCAGUGAGUUUCAGAAUACUAGUAAUUCUUUUGAUACGUCAAUCUCAACACCAAGUAACAUUACCCAGUAUGAUGCCGAUAUUGCUGAAUUGGGUAUUGCCUUAAGUCCACAACUGAUUCAACAACAGACAAUCAAGAGAAUAAGUUUCAACGAUCAUAGCAGUUUUCAACGGGCAUCUGGAAUUUCUAGACACUCGGGAGGCUCGGCAUUUAAGAGGGACUCUGUAUCAAGAAAUUCGAAUGGCUCUGUGUUCAGAAGGGAUUCCAUGAAAUCAUACAUUAGUUAUGAUUCCGCUUUUUCAGCAUCAAAUGGCUCCAGGAACUCCAUGAGAGAUAAUGGACCAUUGAAGAAGAUGAACGGCUUCAAUAACUUGAGAACUUUGGCAGGUCCAACGUUUACGGAAAGAAACUCAUUGGAUUUACCUGUUAGAAUAAAAACGGGUUCCAUUGGGUCAAUUAUAUCUAGAUCGUCUUCGGUGAGGAGAAGUGUGCGUUUUAGCACGCUAUGUGCUUUAACAGAACUUCCUUUCAGUAAUUAUCAAACGGAAUCCAUUGUCGAAAAGAAAAACUCCGUCUUACAAAGAUCUUCAAAGCUGUCUGAUGUGGCUGACAGUUCGAUCUUUUCUGUGGCUAUGAAGAGUAGGAAAAACUCAAACAAAACCAACACUGAAAAUUUACAUUCAAGUAACAACUCUUCAGCGAAUUCAAUUGCAAUUCCAGGUAUUAGUAGUUAUGUGUUGAAAGAAUUGGCUGCUAUUCCAGAUGAAUCAUUCCAAUCUAACGAUCCUAUCGAAUUUGCCUUAUUCAAGUUAGAAGGUAAAGAUUCCACCAAAAUCUUGAAUAAGCGUGCUCUGCAGCUUAGUGAGAAAAGCCCUCGUGAUACCAGCUCUAGUACAAUCGAACCUGGGCCAAAUUCAACCGACGAAAUUCUAAAUGAAAUUGAAAACGCAAAUACUGAAGAUCUAAUCGACUUUUCCACUCAACAAGACAUAACUCAAGAGAUUCCCUUGACCCCUGUUAAAAGACGGGACGAAAAGAACCAAAUUCGUCCUUUGACACCAUUGAAACAGAGACUCAUCUUACACGAUCCAUUAACGUCAACUCCAAACAAUGACAGUGUCUUUUUCAAUCCAUCGAACUUCAAUAGCAAUUCAACCAGUCCAGCUCUUGCUUCACCCAAGAUCAUCCUCGAUAACUAUGCACCUUCAAAUGAUUAUUUAUCAGUAAGAAAAGUGAUGAGCUUUUCUUCUCACAUCUCAUUUGUCCUUGGUUUUGAUUCGCAAGCUCUUGCAAACCAUUUUACUAUUAUUGAGAAGGAUAUGCUACAAGAGAUCGAUUGGAAAGAGCUUAUUGAACUUAAGUGGAACAAGGAGCUCACUCCAGUCAAUAGUUGGUUGGAAAUUAUUGUCAACGAUCAAUACUACAACAAGAAUAAAGGAGUAAAUUUGAUCAUUGCAAGAUUCAAUUUGAUGGUGAACUGGAUAGUAUCGGAAAUAAUCUUAACAAGGAGUCAAAAGGAAAGGAUUGCAAUUAUUUCAAGAUUCAUUCAUAUUGCUCAAAAGUGUUAUUCUUUACAAAACUAUUCCACUUUAAUGCAAAUCAUCUUGGGAUUAACUUCUGAAAAGGUUCAAAAGCUUCGUGAGACCUGGAAGAAUCUCCCUCCAGGUGAUAUUUUGAUGUUGAAGAAUUUGGAAGAGCUUGCUUCUCCAUUGAAAAACUUCUUAAAUAUCAGAUUAUGCAUUAAUCAAAUGAAACCAUCAAAGGGAUGUAUACCUUUUGUGGGCUUAUACUUGAGUGAUCUUAUUUUCAAUGCUGAAAGACCAACUUUCAUCAAGCAAAAGAAAACUACCAAGGAAGAGGAGACAUUCUCACCUAAUACAUCCAAGAAUCUCGAUUCUGAUGUUUCCGAGUCAACAAUUAAUACAACUAGGGAGGUUGAGAAGGUUAUCAAUUUCUCUAAGUUCAGAACUUCGGUCCAUAUUGUUAAGUCAUUGUCCCAGUGUAUUGAGUGGUCAUCUUACUAUGAGUUGGAGCCCAAUGCUGAGUUGUUAUCGAAAUGUUUGUAUAUUAAGUCGUUGGAUGAGGAGGAGAUGAAUUACUGUUUGAGUAAUUUG